UUCUUAACUUCGUUGUUCUGUUGCAAACCUACUACAUUGUAUUAGUUUGCUUUUCACAUUAUAUGUAAAACCUUACGUUGACAAUGUAUAAUUCUGCAUAUAUCACUCGUUUCCAACAUUUGUCAUAUUCAUAAUGCAAGAAAGUAGUACCUAUGCAGAAUAAGGACAAUUGGUUCCUCCUGUAAGUGCAAUGAUUAAAUAUUCAUGUGCAUGCAGCAUAUACGUUACAUUAGUGGCAUAUGAUUAACAGUAAUUUUGAAAUUGAUGCACUUUAUCGUAAAUACAAUUUUAAUGUGCACUUUACGGUUCCAUUAACAGAAUCAGAUCCAGAAGUAGUAAUGACGUACGGAAUUGUCAAGCGUUUAGUUGGUUAACAUUGGGCUUUUUAUCAUGAAUAGAGCUACAUUCGAGAAGCGAUUCUUAAGGAUAACGAAAAUAUUCGGGAAACUGAGUGGAAUUUGGCCAGACCAAAAUAAAGUUAAGUUUAGUUUGUGGGCUAUGGUGCAUAUUACUAUGGCAUCAUUUGUCUUUGUACAGGUAGCAAGAAUUGUACAUAUAGGCACUUUGAAAGUCGUGAUAGAGCAGUCAUCUAUAAUAGGCACAGGAAUUGUCAUGGUCGUAAAACAUGGUAACUAUAUUCUGAACGCAAAGAAGCUUAAAUCCCUUUUGAAUGACAUGUCCGAGGAUUGGGCAACCGAUCGAUUGAAAGAAGAAGUUGCCAUUAUGACGACAUACGCAUAUAGGGGAACCACUCUUGCGAUGUUCUACCUUGUAAACGCGUGCAUAUGCGCAUUCCUUUUCCUACAACUGCCGUGGACAGUGCGCCUAAUGCACAUAAUGAAACCACACAAUGCAUCGCUGCCAAUGGUAUACGCAAUACCAGCUUAUUAUUUUGUCGAGGAUGAUCGCAAAUAUUAUUACUACAUUCAAAUGUAUCUGGGCCUCUCUAUAUAUAUCGUGCUCAUUGUGUUCGUCGGUUGUGAUACUUGUUACAUGGUCCUUGUGCAACAUGCAUGCGGAUUGUUGACUGUGGCCGGAUAUCGCUUCAAAAAUGCCAUCAAUGACCUUUCCUUCAAUACGAGGAAUCCCGAAAAGGAGGCAAAGGAGAUAAAUAAAAGACUACGUUUUUCUAUACAGGGGCACCAACGGGCAAUAAUGUCAGUAUUAACCAGCGAUUAUAAACAAUUUGAAUGCUUAAGUGAAAAUGAUAUGAAUUCAUAUCUUAGUUUCAAUGAUUUAUUUACGAAUAACCAUGACAAAAGAUUUAAUUAUUUUUGGUUACUGGUAACCAUUAUCGAUGUCAGAAAUUGCUAUUGGUUACUUUUUCAAUCUUCGAUUACUUUCAAUCAUCGUCAACAUUGAAAUAGAUAGAUAUUUUUUAUAACUUUAAUGUCAGAUAAAUCUUUUGAAUAUUUAACGAUCGUGGUGUUCGACGUAAACAGAAAUUAUAAUUCUCAUAGUUUUUAAACUAAUUUCUAUUGUUGAGCCCGUGCUGCUAUGUUCUCACUUUUAAUUAUAUAUUUUUCCGCUUCUCUUUCGGGGAUUUCUGUUGCGGCCGAGAAACGUUUUCCUUAAUUUUACUUCGCUACCAGGUUUCUGACAAAAAUCGAGAGCGCACAUGUUAUGUACCUUCUUCUAUGUAUGGCUAUAAUAGUCUUGUCUCUUAGUAUUACGAUGGUACAGGUAAGCUUCUUCUAAUCGUCUUUGUGUCGUUGACCAUGACUCAUUACUAUUGAUUGUUUGAAAUUAGAUCACUACGAUGG